CCUUUCCACAAGUUCUUUUCACCGUGUCAUCGGCUUAACCAGCAUGAUUGAGAGCAGAGAACGAAGCGUUGGAUAAGAGUUGGGCGACUGAUGAGGAUAAGAGUCGGUGGAUUAUCCCAUCAGAGAAUACCUACGGGCCGGCGCGGCUCCCAUGUCGGGCCCGCUGAUCCAACGACUGGGAGUUGGUAAGAGAUGUUGAUGGUGGAGGUGAUGAUAAGGCGGAGGUGAGCGAAGCGAGCGGUGGUUGGAUUUCUUUUUCGGACAGUAUAUUCUGUCAGAGGAGGAGAGGAGUUCGCUUUGGCGGUGCGUCUGCGGCUUAGCGGUCGCUGCUACUCCGUUUGAAAGAAUCUGACAUCCAAAAGAUCCUGUUUUGCUUUGGCCGUCGGUGUUGGCGAUUGCGUCCGAUCUUCUUGUCAAUCGUAUACUUAUGUAUUCGAUCGGAUAGUCUGCUGCUACGAUCGGCAGAAACAUUUGGGUGAUGUCGAGGAAUUCGGGCGGAAAGUUUUGGAUCCGAAAAUUACGGGAGUUCUGUUGGAUUCCGCGGUUUCUUAUUGAAAAUUCUGGUGGUUAAUGGAUAAUUCUUUGCUUCUGAUUAGUGAAUCUGUGGCUGUGUUCAUUGAGUGAUUCCUUGCACUUGACAGGGAAAAUUAGGGUUUCGGGCUUUCUUUUGUAGAUUUCGGCUUGCCAUUGAAAUGGCAUGGAAAUCUUCUCGGCGGGUAUCUGAAAUGGUUGCCUCUGUGUUCAGUAUAUCUGACGACAUCAAAUUACUACUGAACUAAGGCUGGCUCGAGUUUUGCCUGUUAGAACUGGUGAUUUAUGAAUUGUCUCGUGAAUCAGGCCCUUCUUCCUGGUCCACUGAGUAAUGGGGUGUUUGUAUUUCAAGAACUGCCUUGGGCAAGUUCCUGACUCCCCAACACCAUCCAAGAGAAAGGAAAGUGGCCACAGGGGAGCAGGAGUUGGUCUUCCUCAUAGUUCUUCAGAUACUGAUGGAGAAGGCGUAGAUCAAUUGAAUCAGUUGAGUAUAACGAGAGAUUCUGAUGUGGGUAUUAAUCGACUCUCGAGGGUUUCGUCGCAGUUUCUUCCUCCUGAGGGAUCAAGGAAAGUAAGAGUUCCUCUAGGUAACUUUGAGUUGCGGUACUCCUACCUAUCUCAAAGAGGAUAUUACCCGGAGGCCUUGGAUAAGCCUAACCAGGAUAGUUUCUGUAUACAUACCCCAUUUGGAACAAAUCCAGAUGAUCAUUUCUUUGGUGUGUUUGAUGGGCACGGAGAGAAUGGAGCUCAGUGCUCACAAUUCACGAAGCAGAAAUUGUGCGAGAACCUGCUUAGGAAUAAUCGAUUUCAUGCUGAUGCUGUUGAGGCAAUCCAUGCGGCAUUCCUGGCGACAAAUUCACAGCUUCAUGCAGAUAGCUUGGACGAUGCAAUGAGUGGGACUACUGCAAUUACGAUAUUGGUGAGGGGUAGAACAAUCUAUGUUGCUAAUGCAGGUGAUUCGAGGGCUGUCAUUGCAGAGAAACGAGGAAAGGACAUUGUAGCUGUGGAUCUGUCGUUGGAUCAGACUCCUUUUAGGAGCGACGAGCUUCAGAGAGUCAAGAAUUGUGGAGCUAGGGUGCUGACCUUGGAUCAAAUAGAGGGUCUAAAGAACCCAGAUGUUCAAUGCUGGGGUGACGAAGAAGGUGAUGAUGGUGAUCCCCCACGAUUGUGGGUGCAAAAUGCAAUGUAUCCCGGAACAGCAUUCACACGAAGUAUUGGAGAUUCCAUUGCAGAAUCCAUUGGCGUCGUUGCAACUCCUGAGAUAUUUGUUAUGGAGCUCACACAAGAUCAUCCGUUCUUUGUGAUUGCUAGUGAUGGGGUUUUUGAGUUCAUUUCUAGCCAAGCUGUAAUUGACAUGGUUGCUAAGUUUAAGGAUCCUCGUGAUGCAUGUGCAGCAAUUGUUGCCGAAUCGUAUCGACUCUGGCUACAAUACGAAACUCGUACGGAUGACAUCACAAUCAUUGUUGCCCACAUUAAUGGGCUUGCUGAUACACAGUCAACUGGAACUGGAGUUGAUGUAUCAGUAAGACCUUUGCAACAAGUUGUGCAAGUGACAGGUUCUGAAUCUCCAUCCACUUUGAAUUGGAACUCCAGGACUCAGCGUCCAAGACAUGAACCAUCACGCAUCCGACUUAGAGCUAUCGAGAGUUAUCUUGAGAAUGGACAUGUUUGGGUUCCUCCCUCUCCUUCACAUAGGAAAACAUGGGAAGAAGAGGCACAUAUUGAGCAGGCAUUGCAUGAUCAUUUUCUCUUUAGGAGGCUCACAGAUUCACAGCGUCAUGUUUUGCUUGACUGCAUGCGAAGAGUUGAUGUGAAGCCUGGGGAUGUAGUUGUGCAACAGGGUGGGGAAGGUGACUGCUUUUAUGUUGUUGGAAGUGGCGAGUUUGAAGUUUUAGCAGUUCAGGAUGAGGAUGGGAAAGAAGUCACCAAGGUUCUGCAUCAAUAUACAGCCGAGAAACUGUCAUCCUUCGGGGAACUAGCACUAAUGUACAAUAAGCCUCUUCAAGCAUCCGUUCAUGCAGUUACCUCUGGAACUCUUUGGUCUUUAAAACGGGAAGACUUUCGAGGAAUUCUUAUGUCAAAAUUUUCCAACUUAUCUUCAUUAAAGUUGCUCCGAUCAGUAGAAAUUUUCUCCAAAUUGACAAUCUUACAGUUAAGCCACAUUGCUGAGGCUCUUAUGGAAGUUUCCUUCUCGGAUGGACAAAAAAUUCUCGACAAGAAUGAGUAUCUCUCCGCAUUGUAUAUCAUCCAAAAGGGUCGGGUGAGACUGACAUACAGACCAGAACUGUUGAGUCCAAAUGCAUGCAGCCUUCUGUCCACUCUUCUUGAUCAAGGAUGUCAUUUUCAAGAGAACGAUGAACAUGUGGUGGAAAUGUCAGAAGGAAGCCAUUUUGGACAGUGGGCUAUUCUUGGCGAGCGUAUUAGCUCUCUUACUGCAGUUUCGGUUGGUGACGUGGUUUGUGCAGUUUUUACAAAGGAAAACUUUGAUUCAGCAAUUGGGCCUUUGUCAAAAGUUCAACAGGAUGAUCUCAAGUAUGCAAUUGAUCUGAACUUGAUUUUAUUGUUUACCAACUUCAUUGCUUUUUCUAUGUAUUGCAUUGUGGCUUCCAGGUCAAAAGAUUUCCAGGAUUCUUCAAAAGAAUGCACUCCAAAUUCUGAUGCUUCUACAUGCAAGAAGCUUCAGUGUUCUGAUUUGGAAUGGAAAAUGAGCGUAUAUUCAACUGAUUGCUGUGAGAUUGGUCUUGUCAUUUUAAAGGGUUCUGACACUAUGCAAAGCUUAAAAAGGUUCUCUAAAAGGAGGAUUAAAGAGCUAGGAAAGGAAGAUCAGGUCUUGAAGGAGAAAGAGCUAAUGAAGAGUUUGAACCCAUCCACGUGUGUGCCAAGGGUUCUAUGUACAUGUGCUGAUGAAUCGUAUGUCAGCAUAUUACUCGAUUGUUGCCUUGCAUGUUCAUUGGCUUCUAUACUUCACUCACCCCUGGGUGAACAGUCUGCAAAAUACUAUGCAGCUUCUGUUAUUGUUGCACUUGAAGAACUACACAAGGACUCUAUCCUUUAUAGAGGUGUUUCACCGGACAUUCUAAUGAUUGAUCAAUUAGGACGUUUGCAGCUUGUAGACUUUAGAUUUUCAAAGAAGCUAGCUGGUGAAAGAACUUUCACUAUAUGUGGGAAUGCAGACUGUUUGGCACCAGAGAUUAUUUUGGGAAGAGGACAUGGCGUUGCUGCAGACUGGUGGGCCUUGGGUGUUUUAAUCUAUUUCAUGCUUCAAGCUGAAAUGCCAUUUGGCUCAUGGAGAGAAGGUGAACUAGAGACAUUUGCAAAGAUUGCCAAGGGACAUCUUACCUUACCUCAGUCCUUCAGCAUAGAAGUGGUUGACCUUAUCACCAAGUUACUCGAUGUUGAUGAAGCUACACGACUGGGAAGCCAGGGUCCAGAUUCGAUAAGAAGUCAUUCAUGGUUUGAGGGCCUCGACUGGAAAUCAAUUGCUGAUGGCAGUUUUCCUGUUCCAGCUGAAGUCAUUUCUCGCGUAGAUAUGCAUGUCGAAAAUCAUGCAGAAGAUACUGCACUCGCCAUCUCCUCUCCCUCUAAAGAUCUAGCUGUUCUUGACACCCCAGAAUGGCUCGAGGACUGGUAAAAUUUUCGCCAGGUUUCGGCACAAUGUGGAUCAUCUUACAGCCAGUUUCACCACGCCUGAUUUCAAAUCCAUCGGCAUCUGCAGAACACGUCCUCUUCACCGUAGUGAAUUAUUUUGCAUAUUGUUAGCAUCAACCCUUUCGAGGCAGUGAAUUCUUUUUUGGCUGUAAAGUUUUGCUAACAUUUCACAUCCCAUUCUCCCACCUUUGGAACCACAGUUCACGAGACCCAAUGUUACACACUGGUCUAUAAAUCUUCAGAGUGAUUCAUAACGGAGUUGUUGUUUUAUUAUUUUCUAUUACACUGACUUCAGUUCUUAACAUAUAUAAAUAUUCAUAUACAAUAUUUUCAUUGUAUUUAA